UCUUGUAUUCGAGGGCACCGGGUAAAGGACUGUCAGCACAACGACCGAGAGUUGAUUCCUGUGCAGAAACGUGGACGUCAGGUCAGUCAGUGUAAUCACUGUCGUCAUUUGCGAGCGACAAGGAAGUCUCAUGUCAAAUGCACUUGUGCCAUUGAGAAAAGUGAGUUAAUAUCUGCUGGACACACGAAAAUAAGAAAAUCUGAUCUCUUGUCAUGCACAUGA